UUAUCCUAUCCACUGCCCUCCCCAUGUCGACGAUGAAGAAAGAAGCGCAGCUUGUGUUUAUCCCUAUUCCAGGAGUAGGGCACCUCCUCUCCACCAUAGAGUUCGCCAAGCUUCUCAUCAACCGCGAUAGCCGUCUCUGGGUCACCGUGUUCGUCAUGAAGUCGCCAUUUGACACAAACACUGCUGCUUACACGCACUCUCUUAGCUCCUCUGAACGAAUCCACGUCAUCAACCUCCCAGAAUACCCUUCCAAAGCCGAAUUAGGCGGUCCUUCCCAAUUGAACCUUCUCCUUCAAUACCAGAAGCCUCAUGUAAGAGAAGCUGUCAGCAACCUCACUGCGUCGGAGUCCGCGCCGCCACUCGCGGCCUUCGUCCUUGACAUGUUCUCCACAACAAUGAUUGAUAUCGCAAAAGAGUUCGGGGUUCCUUCGCUCGUCUUCUUCACCUCAGGUGUUGCCUUCCUUGGAUCAAUGCUUCAUCUUUACACGCUCCGGGAACGAAACCAAACCCAGUUCCGGGAGCAGCAAACCGAGUCGAUUAUACCGAGUUUCGCGAACCCGGUCCCUUCCACGGCUCUGCCUUCUUUCGUGGUAGCUGAGGAAUGGGACACGGUUUUCUUGGCGUAUGGGAGUGGACUGAAGAGAGCCGAUGGCAUCAUUGUAAAUUCGUUUGAGGAGCUAGAAUCCCAUGCGGUUCACUCUUUGUCCGACGCUGCUGCUCUACCACCGGUUUAUCCAGUGGGACCCCUAUUAAACCCUAACAAUGGGGAGGGUGAGAGCGAGAAAGAGAUCCUUAGUUGGCUUGACCAUCAACCUCCUUCCUCGGUUGUGUUCCUCUGCUUCGGGAGCAUGGGAUCUUUCCCUGAGGAUCAGGUGAGGGAGAUCGCACUUGCUCUCGAGAACAGUGGGGCCCGCUUCCUGUGGUCCCUGCGGAAACCCCCACCCAAGGGUGCCAUGCUCGUUCCCUCUGAUUACACUGAAUCUGAUUUGGAUGCCCUUUUACCACCGGGCUUCUUGGAUCGUACGGCAGACGUUGGAAAGGUCAUCGGUUGGGCCCCUCAGGCCCAAAUACUGGGCCACAGAGCCACGGCAGGCUUUGUUUCCCACUGCGGGUGGAAUUCUACGCUGGAAAGCAUAUAUUAUGGCGUUCCCAUUGCGGCGUGGCCGCUCUACGCUGAACAACAGACGAAUGCAUUUGAACUUGUGUGCGAGCUGAAGAUGGCUGUUGAGGUUGCCUUGGAUUACAGGGUGGAGUUCAUGGUUGGACCCAACAUUCUGGUCUCUGCUGAGAGAAUAGAAAAAGGGAUAAGGAGUCUUCUCAACGUCGACCAAGAUAUAAGGAACAGAGUGAAGGAAACGAGUGAGAAGAGUAGGAAGACUCUGUUACCAGAAUUCAAACAGGCACUACGACUGCAGCCCAAUACCAUAUUGAAACGCUACAUUAUGUAAAGAAGGCCGAGCCGAGCUGAAGAAUUACACCACCAUAUAUACAUAAUCGUCACACUGUUUCUUGAAAUGGGGGUAAAAAGAAUGAUCAAACUUUUCACUAUUCAGCUGCAUAAUCUCGUGUUGUUCAUCAAUGAAAAUCUGUUCAAAUGAAUGACCACCAGCAGUUUUAACCUAGUGUACAUUGGAUGAACUUAUGCCCGUCAUGAAACUAUUAUCAAUUAUAAUCAAUCCUGCGACUACUAUAUCAACAAACCGAACUCACUUUUUUGACAACUCCCCACCACAAAGCAACUAACAGCUCUCUUUGAUAAAAUUUGAGAUAAAUUACUCAUUGCAUACACUAGAUUCCAAAAUCAUAUUUAUAUUUGAACCGUAACGUGGCUUAUAACCAGCAUCCUUCAUGUCCAUAGUCAAUUUGUCCAAGAUAUAAUAUAUCUCACUGCUUUGAGGGUGCUUUUCAUCUCUGGAUACAAAGCAGUUCACACAUCCAGCAAUCUCAACCCAACUACAUCCCAUUUCCUUUUGCAAACCUUUUUCCUUCAUCUGAUUUCUCACUCUAUCAACAUUUUCCCACUCGCCUUCCUCCGCAUAAAUAUUUGAGAGCAGAACAUGAUAUCCUGCCAUCCUUUUUUCUGUUUCCAUAUUAAGCAACUUUUCAGCAACAGCUUUUCCCAGUUCAAAGUACCCGUGAUUUUUGCAAGCCCCAAGAAUAGAUCCCCAGAUUUCUAUCGCAUUACCGUCCUCACCCAAUCCCUCAACAAACUCAUAGGCUUCGACCACCCUCCCAACUCUCCCUAACAUGUCUGCAACACAACAAUAAUGUUCGACUGAGGGCUUAAUUUUAUGUACUUUCUCCAUAGACUCAAAUAUUUGAAGACCUUCAUCAACCAAACCAGUAUAACUGCAAGCAGACAAGAUGGCAACAAAAGUAACUGCAUCAGGCUUAAUGCCAGAUCUCAGCAUGGAAUCGUACAGGGUAAGAGCUCUCAUACCCAUCCCAUGCUGACCAUAGCACAUUAUCAUUGUGGUGUAUGUGACCGAAUUCCUCUCAGGCGUUCUGAUAAAAACAUUUUCAGCAUAACUGAUUGCACCCGAUUUGGAAUAAGUGUCCACAAGAGCUGUUGCCACAUAAACAUUUUGGUCCAGGAAAUGGCGUAUGGAGAAUCCAUGAAUUUGCCUAGCAAAAGCUAUGCUUCCCAUUGAACUACAAGCUGGGAGAAUUGAUGCCAGGGUCACUGCAUUAGGCGUUACCUUGUGCGCCAAUGUCUCUCUAAGAACGAGAAUGGCUCUGUCAUUGAGCCCAUUCUGAGUAUAACCAGCAAUCAUGGCGUUCCACGUGGCCUGAUCUCUGUCAUUGGGGCAGUUCUUCUCAAAUAAUAACUCAGAAUUCCGAAUCAAACCGCAUUUUGCGUACAUAUCAACCAAAUAACUCUCCAUUCCCUCAAAUUGUAUCCGGUGGCGAAUUAGAUAUGUAUGAGUCUGCCUUCCAAUGUACAAGUUCCUAAGGUUAGAAGCCGCAGAAAGAAGGGCGGCGACGGUGACAGAAUCAAGGCCAAAGCUUUGCUUCUGCAUCUCGCACACAAGCAUCAGCGCUUCCUCAUCCAAACCAUUCUGCACAAAGGCAGAAAUUAUGGUAUUCCACGAAACAGUAUCCCUUUCGGACAUCUUAUCAAACACCUUAAAUGACGUAUGAACAAAAUUGCAUCUAGAGUACAUAACAAUUAUUGCGUUGAGAAUAACAACGGGUGAAAAUGGCAAGCUUUUUAGAACAAAAGCAUGUAGCUGCUCAGCCAAAUUGAUUUGCUGGAGCUGUGAAACAGCAGCGAUAACAGAGAGAAAAGUGACAUCAUCGCAUAUAGCCUCCUCUGACUCCAAGGCCUGAACGAAAACACGGAAUCCUUGAAGGGGACAGUUAUUUUGAACAUAGCCACCAAUCAUGGUGUUCCAAACCUCUGUAUUUUUAUGGGGACAUUGAUCGAAAACCAUCCUAGCAUAGUCUAGGCAACCGAGAUCAGAAAACAUAAGAAUUGCGGAACUGACAGCAAACACGUCGUUCACAUACGCAGCACCAAAUUUAAAAAGCAAACCAUAAAACAUGAGAGCAAUUUUAGAAUCGCGAAAAAUGGAAACAGCGGGGAAGAGAUUUACAAAAGUAACAGGAGUUGGAGUAAGAGAGAGUUUGAGGAUGGAGGUGAAGGCGUGAAGAGCUUGAAGGUGUCGGUUGGUCUUAACAUACCAGGAAAUGAGAGUGUUCCAAGCGACGACGUUUCGUUUGCGCAUGACGCGGAAGACUUUGAGGACGUAGUCUUGAUGGGGUUGGGUGGAGGAAGGGGGCAAGCAGGUGGAGUACAUGUUCAAGAGGGAAUUGUAAACAAUUCGAGAGUUGGAAUGGGAUCGAAGGAAAUGGGAAUGAAGGGCUUUACCGGCCAUGAGGUCGUGGGUUAGGGCACAGGCUUUGAGGGUGGAAGAGAAGGUAUAAGAAUCGUAACGGGUGGGGGGAGUGGACUUCAUUCGAGCGUAUAAGAGGAGGGCUUGGAGAGGCAUGUUGUUGCAGAUGAAGCCAAUGAUGACGGUGUUCCACACGACGGUGGAGGGGCGGGGAAGGGAGUCCAGAAGAUGACGAGCGAGGUGAGGCUGUCCUUCCUGGCAUAGUUUGCUAAGGCGAGAGCGAAUGCUUACGCCGCGCGUGCGCGUGGGGGUUUUGGUCUCAGCUGAUGCCGGAACAACAGGAACAGACACAGGAAUAGCCGGAGAAGCCAUCAUCGCUCCUCAAUCCACACACGAACUACUGUGGGAGUAAGUCUGUGACAUAAUCCAUUUCAGUUCCCGCGGUGAUCUUCAUCCUUCUCCACUCCCACCAUAAAUUCACUUAUUUAUCCAUAACUUGUCACUUUUAAUAAAAUUAUUCGUUAUUUUUUAUUUGAAUGAGUAAUAAUUUCAAUUU